AUGGGGAACUCAGCUGCGGCAGCAGUGGCGGCAGCAGCGGCAGCGGCAGAGGCAGCAGCGGCGGCGGCAGCGGUGGCGGCGGCGGCGGCGGCAGCAGCGGCGGCGGCAGCAGCGGCGGCAGAGGCAGCAGCGGCGGUGGCAGCGGCGGCGGUAGCAGCGGCAGCGGCGGCGGCAGCUGCGGCAGCGGCGGCGGCUGCAGCGGCGGCAGCAGCGGCAGCGGCAACGGCAGCAGCAGCGACAGCGGCAGAUACGGCGGUAGCGGCGGCAGCAGCGGCGGCGGCAGCAGCGGCGGCUGCAGCGGCGGCGGCAGCAGCGGCAGCGGCGCGGCGGCCGCAGCAGCGGCGGCCGCAGCAGUGGCGGCAGCAGCGGCGGUAG